AAUAACAUGUAGAUCGAAUUCUACUGGGAAGCAAUUUGAUUUCAAGGCCUAACGUGUACCCGAGAUGUUUCCUUUUUCUAUACUUUUGAUGCGCGCCCACCAUCGGGCGGAAUUAGGGCGGGUCUAGGCGGAAUUAGGCAAGGAAAAUGCCUCACGCAGACGGCGCGCUACGGACAAUCGCUUAUGAUUUCGGGCGUAAGAAUGGCAUAGCUAGAUUUGCUAGAAUUUCGGCAACAAAUUGGUAUACAUUAGCGCCUGUAUAAUUCAUUUUCAGAGAAGUUAUCUGAGAAAAACUGCCCAUCGGGCGGAAACCGGGCAGGGUACGGUACGUCCCUAUAUAUAUACGACAGGUGCAGCAGCAAAUUCAUUCCGCAGUCGGUAAACGUGGAUUUAAGUCUAACCCCUCAAAACACAACAGAGGACAAUUCAAUUUUACAUCGUUUUCAACAUUAGCAGAGACUGCAAAAGUGAUGGCCAAUCUUCAGCGAGUUUUUGUUGUCGGAGUGGGCAUGACGAAGUUCUUCAAGCCUGGCAAAGCCGAUGGAGACUUCCAUGACCUAGCCAAGCAAGCUGGCCAGGCAGCCCUCAAGGAUGCUGGACUACCUUUUGAUGCAGUGGAACAGGCCGUCUGCGGAUAUGUCUAUGGGGAUACGACAUGCGGACAGAGGGCUGUGUAUGAGAUCGGUAUGACAGGCAUUCCCAUCUAUAAUGUUAACAAUGCGUGCUCUACAGGUUCCACUGCGCUGUUCCUGGCCAAGCAGCUGUUAGAGGGUGGAAGAGCAAACUGCGUCAUGGCACUGGGUUUUGAGAAGAUGCAGAGGGGUUCUUUAACUUUACAGUAUGAAGAUCGCGCUAAUCCCAUGCAGAAGUUUGUUGAGGUGAUGUCUGAGCUUUAUGAGAUUACCCCAUCCCCUAUGGCUGCUCAGUUAUUUGGAAAUGCAGGGAGAGAGCACAUGCAGAAAUUUGGAAGCACGCCAGAACACUUGGCCAAGAUCGCAUACAAGAACCACAAGCAUUCAACCAACAACCCUAAUUCCCAAUUCCAGAAGGAGUACUCCAUGGAUGAGAUCCGAAACUCUCCAAAGGUCUAUGAACCACUCACAAGAUUGGAGUGCUGCCCUACUUCAGAUGGAGCUGCAGCGGCCAUCUUGUGCACCGAAGACUUUGUGAUCCAACAUGGUCUGCAAGGUCAAGCGGUUGAGAUCAUGGGCAUGACCAUGGCAACGGAUAAACCAAACACGUUUGAAGACAAGAGCUCCAUGAAACUGGUUGGAUAUGACAUGACAAAGCGAGCUGCAGAAACACUGUUCAGCAAGGCUGGAGCUAGUGUGGCAGAUGUUGACGUGGUUGAACUACACGACUGUUUCGCAGCCAAUGAACUCAUCACGUACGAAGCCCUGGGACUCUGCCCUGAAGGUAAAGCUGGAGAGUUCAUUGACAGUGGUGAUAACACGUAUGGAGGAAAGUUUGUGGUCAACCCAAGUGGAGGUCUAAUCUCAAAGGGACAUCCUCUAGGAGCUACAGGUCUAGCCCAGUGUGCUGAGCUUUGUUGGCAGCUACGAGGCAAGGCAGAUAAGAGACAGGUAGAGGGAGCCAAACUAGCCUUGCAGCAUAACAUCGGACUCGGAGGGGCAGCAGUGUGUGCAUUGUACAGGAUGGGUUUCCCAGACCAAGGCAGACCAAGGUAUAACCUUCAGGCCAACCUAACAGCAGCAGAGGUGUUCAAGUGUGAAGCUGUCUUCAAAGAAAUCGAGAAUGCUCUCAAAGUU